AAGGCCCAUUUCAUAUUACAAGACAAGAAAGUGAAGAACACAGGGUUUUAGACUUGGAGAAGGUUCAAGGAUCUGCCUAUUCUCUCUGCCAAAUGCUAGUUUCCGAUUACAAUCGGCGGUUUGUCAGUUUCCCAUGAUUACCCGCCAACUGAAUUUCAAAGCCCUCCAACGAAUACCUAACCAACGGUUCACGACAUGCUCUAACUUCCACUCAUUCAAACAUGAGCACCAACUGUUCGACCAAAAUCCCCAACCAAACGCAGCAGCAUCGGUUAACCACGCUAUGCUCAACAACUUACACAGAAACCUUCCGCGUCGAGCCCUCGGCAUCUUCAGAGAGCAGGUUCAGUUAUGUUCGUCACAGAAUAUCGAUGAAGUUACUCUUACCCUUGCUGUCAAGGCUUGUCAAGGGGACCUCAAACCCGGGUGCCAAAUUCACGGGUUUGCGGUUUCUUCUGGGUUUGCUUCUUAUGUUACGGUUUUGAAUUCCUUGAUGAGUAUGUACACGAAAGCUGGAGAGUUUGAUAGUGCGUUAUUUAUCUUUGAGAGGAUGUGUUAUAAGGAUAUAGUUUCUUGGAAUACAAUUCUUUCGGGGUUCAGGUCGAGUGAGGGUGCAUUGAGUUUUGCUAUUAGGAUGAACUUGAAUGGAGUUGUUUUUGAUCCAGUGACUUAUACAACCGUUCUUUCCUUUUGUGCGGAGCAUGAGGACUUUCUGUUUGGAUGGCAGCUUCAUUCUCUCAUAUUUAAGUCCGGUUUGGAUUGUGAAGUUUUUGUUGGGAAUGCACUCAUAAGUAUGUAUUCGAGGCAGAGACAUCUAAUAGAAGCUAGGAACGUGUUUGAUGAAAUGUGGAAUAAGGAUCUGGUUUCAUGGAAUGCAAUACUAUCAGGUUAUUCGCAAGAGGGAAAUCACGGGCUUGAAGCGGUUUUGGCCUUUAUUGAGAUGAUGAGAGAAGGGGUGGAGUUAGAUCAUGUCUCAUUUACUAGUGCAGUUUCAGCUUGCGGUCAUGAACAGAAUUUAGGACUUGGGAAACAGAUACAUGGCGUGACUAUAAAAUCAGGAUACGGAAGGCAUGUUUCAGUUUGUAAUGUAUUGAUCUCGACAUAUUCAAAGUGUGAGGAUACUGAAGAUGCAAAAUUGGUGUUUCAGCACACGAACGAUCGCAAUGUAGUUUCUUGGACGACUAUGAUUUCUAUGGACGAAGAAGAUGCCAUCUCUCUGUUUAAUGAGAUGAGACUUGAUGGAGUAUAUCCAAAUGAUGUUACAUUUGUUGGGCUAAUCCACGCUGUAACGAUUGGGAAGCAGGUGGAAGAAGGCCGAAUGAUUCACGGGUUUUGCAUAAAGACUGGAUUUUUGUCUAAGGAUAAUGUUUGCAACAGCUUUAUCACAAUGUAUGCUAAGUUUGAGUCCAUGCAGGACUCCAUCAAAGUUUUCGAGGAGUUGGAAUGCAGAGAAAUCAUAUCGUGGAACGCUUUGAUUUCAGGGUAUGCUCAGAAUGGGCUGUGCCAGGAUGCUCUCAAAACAUUCUUAGUAGCAACUAUGGAGGCGACGCCAAACAAUUACACAUUUGGCAGUGUCUUGAGCGCAAUUGGCGAUGCUCACGAUAUAUCUCUGAAGUAUGGCCAACGAUGCCACUCAUUUUUAAUCAAACUUGGAUCAGUAACUGACCCGAUCAUCGCAGGUGCUCUUCUUGACAUGUAUGCAAAGCGAGGAAGUAUUAGUGAGUCCGAAAGAGUUUUCAGUGAAACGCCUCACAAAAGUCAGUUUGCUUGGACUGCAAUAAUAUCUGCAUAUGCUGCGCAUGGAGACUGUGACUCGGUAAUAGAAUUGUUCGAGGAGAUGGUAAGAGAAGGGGUUAAACCCGAUUCAAUCACGUUUCUUUCUGUACUAGCUGCCUGCAGCAGAAAGGGAAUGGUUGAGACCGGGCGUCAUCUCUUUCACUCAAUGAUCAAAGACUAUCAGAUUGAGACAUCUCCUCAGCAUUAUUCAAGCAUGGUGGACAUGUUGGGGCGGGCAGGGAAACUGGAGGAAGCGGAGGAGUUGAUCAGUCAGAUGCCAGGACAGCCAGGGUUUUCGCUGCUGCAAAGCCUGCUCGGGGCAUGCAGGAUACACGGGAAUGUGGAGAUGGGUGAGAGAGUAUCCAACGCGCUGAUGGGAUUGGAACCGACGGAGUCAGGUGCUUACGUGCAGAUGUCGAACUUGUAUGCUGAGAAAGGGGACUGGGAAAUGGUGGCGAAAGUACGGAAAUGGAUGAGAGAUAGGGGAGUGAGAAAGGAAGUUGGGUUUAGCUGGGUGGACACUGGUGGUGGUGAUGCUGCUGAUGGUUCCUUGUGUUUGCAUCCGUUUUCGUCGGGAGAUACGUCUCACCCGCUUUCGGAAGAGAUUUGGAGAAUGGCGAAAUGCUUAGGAUUGGAGAUGAAAGUUCUGAGGGAGAAUGUGAGGGAGACGAGAUCACUGACUGUGAGGGCCUUGAAUAUGUACAUGUGAAACAUUUGAGGCCGAAGCAACUCAUGAUUGUGUACCAUAAUUAUUCUUUUGUAGCAAAA